GCUUCCCCCUCAAAAGCAGCUGCGCCAUCCCCUCCUUUGUCUGCGAGGAGAGCUCUGCUACGGUCACCGGCCCGGCACGACCCGCUUCACUUUCACACCAAAAAGAAAAACCAAGGGCCUAACGUGAACUCAACCAGCCUCAUCACGAACCUGCUAGUCGGCCUGGACCCGGCGAGCGUCGAGAAGAGCCACUCCGAGUCCACAGAGACGAGCUCCGCCGCUGCGAAGGAAAUCAAAAUGGAAGACAGCAAGUACCUCCCGGAGCUGCUGGCCGAGAAGGACAGCCUGGAUUCGUCCUUCACACACGCCAUGAAGCUGAUUUCUGCAGAAAUCGACAGGAUUCAAAAAGGCGACACGAAGAAAGAGCCAGAAAAGGAGAAUUACCUGGACCUUUUUGCUACAAAGAGCCUGAAACUCAAAGAGCGAGUGCUCAUCCCCACAAAGCAGUAUCCCAGGGUUAACUUCGUUGGAAAGCUUUUGGGACCCCAGGGCAGCACGAUCAAAAGGCUUCAGGAAGAGACCGGGGCGAAGAUUUCUGUUCUUGGAAAAGGCUCCAUGAGGGACAAAACCAAGGAGGAAGAACUUAGAAAGGGUGGCGAGGCAAAGUAUGCUCACCUGGCCAUGGAGCUGCAUGUGUUCAUUGAAGUUACAGCACCCAUUCCUGAGGCCUACCUGCGUAUGGCGCACGCAAUGGAUGAAGUCAAGAAAUUCCUUAUUCCUGAACCUGGUGAGCAUGAUCCCUACAUGGACCCUCACUUCCUGAAUGGGUCCCAGGAUGGUUCCGGAAGGGGCCGUGGAGGUCUCAGAGGCCGGGGUGGGCCACCUGGUGCUGGAGGACCAAGGGGCCGAGGGAUGCCACGAGGAACCCUCAGAGGAGCCGUGCGAGGAGGUGCAGUACGAGGUGGGGCACCAGGGCGAGGGGGUGCGCCCAGGGGGGCACCAGCUGGUAGAGGCGGGCUACCGUCUGCUUCUGCCAGAGGAGGCUCUUCGACUCGCUCCAGACCACCAACAUCAGGGGCUCCGAGGAUGCUCCCUUCCUCUGCCAUGUCCCAUCAGCAACACCAGGUUUCUGCAGGAUCGCAGUCCAAACCUGACGGUUAUGAGGACUAUUCCUCGUAUGAAGAGCCCUAUGCAGAGGCUGCAUAUGAGGGAUAUGAUAACUAUUAUAGUCAGCAGUCUGCGCCUGCGGACACUGAAUAUUAUGACUAUGGACACGGUGAAGCCCAGGAUGCGGGAUAUGACCCUUACAGUCAGGCUGAUUGGGACAACUCAUGGUCUGGCUCUGGGGCUGGAGGCAAAGCCCCCCAAUCACGGCAGACGAAGGGGGCAUAUAGAGAGCAUCCCUACGGAAGAUACUGAGCGGCUACUGGUAGAGAGUUGCUGUGGCAACUGUCUCCGAUUGUAACUCACUUAACUUUUCAAAAGUAAUUUCCCACUUGUUUUUAUUUUUGUGUUUUUCUUUUUUUAAUGGUUUAUUUUUGUUUUUAAACAGUUUUGUUGGAUGUAACAGAUGCGUGAAUGCAACUUUUUUCUUUUUCACUGGAACAAUAGUGACAUUUUAGUGAUAUUUCAUCCGUUUUUGAACAAACUGGGAUUGUGGCGAUAAACUUACAUCGGCUGCAUUUUCAAAAGUCUUUCAUGGCUGAGGGGAAAGAAAAAUGUUUGUCUCAAUGUUAGCUUGCUUAUAACUAAAACACUCAGAAAUUUAAACACAAUCUUGAAGUAUUGAUUAGCACAAAAAAGUAUUUAUGUUGCAUUAAAACGUAGUCUUGUGUGAAUUAGUUUCCUAAAAUAUUCUAGACAUCGUUUUGACAAAGACUAAAAUCCUUUAUUUCUGAUACCUCUUAUGAUUGGCACAAUAAGUCUUCUGUAACUGCAAAAUUAUCAUUGAUCUAAUUCUGGUAAAGCCUGAAGGAUUACCAAUCCAUGCUGUAUAUAAGGAAGGCUGCAGUCAACUCAAUAUUUUGUAUAUGACCGUAAGACAACUGUGUAUGCUUUCAAGUCAUACGUCUCUAAAAUGCAUAAUGCUUGUGUACCUUUUGCCUAAAUAGGUUACUAAACAUAUCCCCAAAUGUAUUACUGCAGUGCGUGUUUCAAUAAAGUUUCUAGCUCCUUUUUAAUUAACCUAAAUUUGGUAUUUUGCCUUUGUGUUACCAAAGGAAUGCCUUCAAUUUGUGAAAAUGGUCCUCAGCGGUUCCCGAAAGUGCUGAAUAAGUUGUAUGUAUACAAGUCAAACUGAUACUCAAAAAUCAAAAAAAAAAAAGAGAAAACUGUUUUGCUAAUGAGCUUUAUCCCUUCGUCUGUCUUCAAAACUAAAUGACAUUUGUAAUGCCACCUUCAAAACAAGAAAUAAAGCUCAUCAUUCCAUGA